UAGAGGGGCAAUCUGAAUAAUUGAGGAGCUGUUCGGCAGCGGCGGCUGCCUCCUGCUUUCCUUUGCCGCCGCCACCCCGCAUCACCGUAGAAGAGACAAACCCGGCGCUGUAAGUGAGGACCGCCAGCCAUCCGCCUGGGAGCCAGUUCAUCACCUCCAGCCCUCCGACAUUCAUGCCCAGGAGAAGGCUGCUGCUGCAGUGAAUGGGAGAUCCCCAUUCACUAGAUGAGUUCCAGAAGCAUCCACUGAGGCUUCUGCAGCCCACCUUUGUCAGCUGACCUUUGCCGCAACCUGUCUCUCAGGAUGAGUGGCUUCCUCACCUCCCUUGACCCCCGGCGAGUGCAGUGGGGGGCCGCCUGGUACGCCAUGCACUCUCGGAUCCUGCGCACCAAACCGGUGGAGUCCAUGCUGGAAGGAACAGGGGCCACCACCGCACAUGGCACCAAGCUAGCCCAAGUGCUCACCACCGUGGACCUCAUCUCGCUCGGCGUCGGCAGCUGCGUGGGCACGGGGAUGUACGUGGUGUCUGGGCUGGUGGCCAAGGAAAUGGCAGGACCCGGCGUCAUCGUGUCCUUCAUCAUUGCAGCCGUCGCAUCCAUCCUGUCAGGUAAGCAUCUCCAUGAAGGCGAAGGCCGCGCUCACCGGCCUGUUACUGUUCCUCCCAGUCUUCUGCGGUAUUCG